UUAAUUAAUUAAUUAAUAUAAUGAAAUCUUCUUCUGCUGCCCACCAUUCAACACCUGUUCUUGAACAUCAGACGUGAUCUUCAUCCACCAACUAUUAGGUUCCCCAAUUUUGGUGGACGCCCACUCCACCAACAAAACGAUGAAUCUCCAAAAGGAUUCUGAAGAAGAAGAAGAAAGAAAUAAGGGCUGGUAAUGGCGGACAAAUGUUUGAUCAAAUCGAAAUGUAGAAGAAGAAGGAGAGUCAACGUCACAGAUCUUUCUGGAUGAGAAAGAAAGAAAGAUAGAAAAUAUAUAUAUUGAUAACACCCAAAUUUCAACGACCCAAUUCGUUACGUUUCUAACAAACCCGUUUUCAGUUUUGAAAAAAAAAAAAAAUCCCCAAUUGAUAUGUACAUCCGUCCUUUCUCUCCACCACAAAUUCUCUGCAAAACCCUUUCGAUUGAUCGAGCGAAGCGAUUUGGCGACUUGGAGCUGAAGUAAUCCGCCAUUAAUUGCUGUCAUUAGCUGAUUGCGAAUCUGUUAGUUUCGAUUUUGGUUGAAGAAUUUGUUUAGAAGGAAAUUAAAUUAGGGAUUUGAGAAUCAGGUGGAUUGGAGGUAGUAUGGGGUGGGUGUCGGGAAUGGUGAUGGGGAUGGUGUCGGGGAUCGCGUUGAUGGCGGGUUGGAAUUACAUGAUGCGCCAUCGGAGCAGCAAGCGUAUUGCUAAGGCAGUUGAGAUUAAGCAGCUGAGCUCAAUGAGCAGAGACGACGUCAGGAAAAUAUGCGGGGAGAGCAUUCCUCAGUGGAUUUCAUUCCCUGUUUUUGAGCAGGUGAAAUGGUUGAAUAAACAGCUUGGAAAAUUAUGGCCGUACAUUGCAGAUGCAGCAGAAGCCGUCAUCAAGGAAUCCGUCGAGCCAUUAUUGGAAGCAUAUCGAACUUCCGGCAUUACUUCCUUAAAAUUCAGCAAGUUGUCCCUCGGCACGGUAGCCCCAAAGAUCGAAGGAGUUCGAGUCCAAUGCCUUAAAGAAGGCCAAAUUACGAUGGACAUUGACCUCCGGUGGGGAGGCAAUCCGAGUAUUGUUCUAGCCGUUGAAGCUGCACAUUUUGCUUGUAUACCCGUUCAGUUGAAGGAUCUUCAAGUUUUUACUGUGGUUCGUGCAAUUUUCCAACUGACCGAUGAAAUUCCUUGCAUCUCUGCAGUAGUUGUUGCUCUUCUUGCCGAGCCGAAGCCCAGGAUUGAGUAUACUCUUAAGGCUGUUGGCGGGAGUUUAACUGCGAUUCCGGGGAUCUCAGACAUGAUUGAUGACACCGUGAAUUCAAUAGUUACCGAUAUGCUACAAUGGCCUCAUCGGAUUGUUGUUCCUGUCAGCGGCAUUCCCGGGGACUUAAGCGAACUUGAACUUAAGCCGGAGGGAAUGCUUAGGGUGACGGUUGUAAGAGCAAACAACCUUAAAAACAUGGAGCUUAUUGGGAAAUCUGAUCCCUAUGUCGUCGUGCACAUACGUCCUCUCUUUAAGGUUAAGACUAAAGUGAUCGACAACAACUUGAAUCCGGUUUGGAAUGAAACAUUCGAGUUGAUCGCGGAGGACAAGGAGACACAGUCGUUGAUUCUUGAGGUGUUUGAUGAAGACAUUGGGCAUGACAAAUGUUUGGGUGUUGCAAAGUUGCCUCUCAUCGAGCUCGAUUCCGAAGUAACUAAAGAAAUCCAGUUGACAUUGUUCCCAUCGAUCGAUAUGUCAAAGAUUAAAGACAAGAAAGACAGGGGGACUAUAACAAUUCAGGUUCUGUAUCAUGAAUUCAACAAGGAAGAACAAUUAGCAGCCCUCGAAGAAGAGACGAAAAUUUUAGAGGACCGGAAGAAGCUAAAAGAGGCGGGAGUGAUCGGGAGCACCAUGGACGCCUUAGACGGUGCGGCCUCGCUAGUCGGCUCCGGAGUCGGGACGGGUCUAGGGGCUGUUGGUAGCGGCCUUAGCAGAGCCGGGAAGUUCGUGGGCCGGACCAUCACUGGGAGGUCGUCCGGCUCGUCGGCUAACUCCCGAGAAAAUGGAGGUGCCAAGCCACCUAAUUCUUGAAUCUUAAGCUCUUGUAAAUAUUUGAGAUUUGUUGAUUAUUGUUUGAAAUUGUUUUUAAAUAAGCGAUGAUUUAAAUUUUUGUUAAAAUAAUAUUUUGAUGUGAUAUACAUAAAAUUAAAUAGUAUAUUUUUAUUUAAAAUAGUGUCUGGCCGAAU